AUGAAGAAAACUGCUGUGACCUUCGUGCUGCUAUGCGGCCUUACUGUCAUCCUGCAACAGGAAGGUGUCUUCCCAACAAUCGCUGCAGAGGAGGUUCAAGCUUCCCAUGAAUCAGCGGGCCUUGCGGCGGAAGCAAAGCCAGUGCCUCCGACCUCAUCCCCACAGCCGCCCUUCCCUUCCGAAAGCCCCACGGCAGACACCCAGGUUUCUGCAAUUUCCCCAAAGCCCGUGCCCAAUCCCAUGCCCACUCCACCAGCACUUCCACCGCCACCACCACCACCUGCACCUCCGUCGCCGCCUCCCUUGCCGAUCUCUCCCACAUCUGCACCCACGGUGCCGCCGGAUAACACGUCUGAGACGGCCUCGUCCUUCUGCAGCGAGUGGGGACCCUGGAGGCUGGAAUGGUCGGACGACUUUAUCGGAGAUCGUUUGGAUCCCGCCUACUGGCAGAUGGUGACCAGCCAAG